AUGUUCAGCAAUUUGUACAGCUUGGUGAAUUUUUCUCCCAACAGUUUGCCCCCUGAAUGGGCCACUCCUGCUGCCAUUGCUACACCCUCCACCAUAGACCCCACUUUACUCUCCCUCAACACUUAUCCCCCUCCUGAUGUCCCAGCUGACAAUGUUCCUGUCACUGAGAUGAUUAGGCAUGACAUGGAUGUCGACUUCCAUUUGAUUCUGACUUUCCACAACACCCUACAAGCCAUUGUCUACUCACUGGACCAUUUCCUUGCUGAACAAGUUGUGUCCAAGAAGGUCCUUGGAAAAUGGAAGAGGGAGGACUAG